AUGCAAAUUGUGCUCAGCAGUGCUGCUCCUUGUGUGAUGAAUUCGUGGUGUUUUUUUUUCCUUUUCGUGUUGAUAGUCUUUAUCGCAAGACAACAAGAGAUGAUGAAGCCGGCAACAAAGCUUUGCUUGGGUGCGUUGCUGGAAAAUGCUGGUAGUGUUGGCACCGGUAUUCGACGGGAGAUUAUUGGGGCUAUUGUCAACUUAUCGAAGAAGGGAGCCCCGGCUGUGCUGGAUUUUUGCAUGACGUGGCUCAGCAACCACCGCAUUGGCUCCAUCCCGGUGGUGCAAAGAACUUGCAUUUUGUGA